AUGGCUGCAACCCCGAUCAGCUUGUGGGCACCCAAUCCUGGUACCGGCGAAAGAGGAACGGCUAUUAAACUCGACUCCAACGAAAAAGGCUCGAUUCUAUUUGCCGCUGGAAGGUCGAUUUUCAUUAAGAAUCUUGACACGCACCAAUCCGUAUCUUAUUCAGGACAUGUCCGACCGACCACGGUAGCCAAAUUCUCCCCCUCGGGAUUCUACGUUGCAUCUGGUGAUUCGUCCGGUAGUGUAAGAGUGUGGGAUAUAGCUGGAGAAGAGCAAAUUUUGAAAGUUGAAGUCAAAGCGAUCUCAGGAAAAAUUAAUGAUCUUGCUUGGGAUGCCGAAAAUGGAGGAAAGCGUAUAGUAGCUGUUGGCGAAGGGAGGGAGCGUUUCGGCCAUGCGUUUACUAUUGAUGGCGGAAAUUCCGUAGGUGAAAUUGCCGGACAUUCAAAACCCAUUACGAGUGUCUGCGUUCGUUCAGUCAGGCCGUUUCGGGCAGUUACCGGAAGCGAUGACACAACCCUAGUACUAUCAUCGAACAAUGUCCUAUUUUCUAGCUUUUUCAAUGGCACGCCAUACAAAUUCUCAAAGACGAUUCGAACUCAUUCAAGAUUUGUUCAAACAGUUGAAUAUGCCAAAGACGGCUCCUUGUUCGCCUCGGGAGGCUCUGACUCGAAGCUUUUCGUCUAUGAUGGCUCGACAGGGGAUACUAUCUGUCAACUCGGCGGGGAAGAUGUGGCCGAGAAACACACCGGGACCGUAUACUCGAUUGGCUGGUCCAAGUUACAUCCUUCAGCACUUGCUUCUUUCUCUGCGGAUGGGAAAGUGAUGAGAUGGGAUGCAUCGACCCAAAAACAUGUUGGAACAUGGAAAUUAGCAGAUUCACCGAGUCCGGAGCAGCAAUUAGUAGGAGGGACAUGGCUUGAAGGUAAUCGACUAGUUUCGUUGGCUUACAAUGGCGAUCUCACCAUUCUUGACGAUAGGCAGUCAGAACCUGUGAAAAAACUUUAUUCCUGUCAAAAAGGCAUCAUCGCGGCCUCGAAAUGCCCCAAAAGUUCUGGCGUAUAUGCCGGCGAUAGCUCCGGAAGAGUUUUCCAUUAUUCGAAUGAAGGUGUCUGCAAGCCGGUUGGAGCAUCGACAUCAUCGAAUAUUAUCAGCUUAUCUACUUCAAAUAGCAAAGUGUAUUCGGUCAGUAUGGACGAUUUGGUGAAGGAAAUCACUUCAGAAGCUGUUUACAACACCAAUGUUGCCGUUCCCUUACCAGCACAAGGAAAGGAUAUAUGUGCCCAUUCAACUGACGACGUUGCCCUGGUCAUCACAUCGAAUGAAGCUAGGUUGAUUGAAUCAGGCAACUCUAUAACCACAAUACCUCUGGAUUUUAGUGCCACUGCUUGCGCUCUAUCACCACACUUCGCGGCCAUAGGAGCAGCUGACGGGAAAGUAUACGUAUACGAUGCAGCACUGAAGUCCUUAGGAACUUUAUCAAAGAGCAUCUCUUCGGUGACGUGCAUGGCUAUCAGCCCAGAUGAGAAAUUUCUCGGAGUAGGAGAACAAAACGGGAAGAUCAUGAUCUACGAACUAUCUGGAGAGUACACAUUGAAAAUAUCACAAUGGUGUUGGCACACGGCUAGAAUCAUGAGCUUGAAUUGGUCCGCUUGUUCGGCUUUCUUGGCCUCUUCAUCCUUGGAUACGAACAUCUAUGUUUGGAGUCUCGCUAAACCAACCAAAAACAUUCCUAUUAAGAAUGCACACGUGGGCGGAACAACCGAAGUGAUUUGGGAGACCGAAGAUCGAUUGUUAUCUUGUGGAUUCGACGGGGCCAUUCGGAAGUUUUCGAUCAAAUUGGAUAGCCUCAGAUGA